AUACAUAAAAUGGCUCACCAUUUGUUCAUCCUUUUCUGCAUCCUAGCAGCCGUAACCAUCCAUGGAAUCCAUGCAGUCAAAUACGUGGUCAACAACACUGCGGGAUCAACCACCGGCGGUGCCCGUUUCGACAAGGAGAUUGGAGCCGAAUACAGCAAGCAAACACUGAUAUCUGCCACGGAUUUCAUAUGGAAGCUAUUCCAGCAAAAAAGUGCUGCGACUCGAAAAAAUGUGCAGAAAGUCACUUUGAUCAUCGAGGACAUUGGAGGUAUUGCGUUCGCAAUCAACAACGAGAUCCAUGUAAGCGCGAGGUACAUAGGGGGAUACUCCGGCGAUGUGAAAAGGGAGAUCACCGGUAUACUUUAUCAUGAGAGUACACAUAUUUGGCAGUGGAAUGGGAACGGACAGACCCCAGGUGGGUUGAUUGAAGGAAUUGCCGACUUUGUGAGAUUGAAGGCUGGCUAUGCACCAAGCCAUUGGCUCCAGCCAGGUGGGGGAGACAGGUGGGACCAAGGUUAUGAUGUUACUGCUAGGUUUUUGGAUUAUUUAAAUGAUCUUAGAAAUGGGUUUGUGGCUGAAUUGAACAAGAAAACCAGAACUGGUUAUAGUCCAAAUUAUUUUGUUGUGCUGCUUGGCAAGACUGUUGAUCAACUUUGGAUUGGUUACAAGGCCAAGUAUGGAAAGUAGAGGAUUUUAGAUUUAUGAAGCUACAUAAAUGAACAACAUGCUGUAUUAUCUAAAAUAAAAAGCUUGUUAAUUAAUCAAGAAUAUUAAAAAGGGUGCUUUUCA